AAUGAGCCAAAAGUCGCAUCUCUCUUUCUUAUAUCCUUUUCACACUCGUUGUUGUGUUUCGUUGUAUACAUCAUGCUAUUCAAUUCAUCUUCAAAAAUAAGCCACCACCACAACAUUAUGGAUAUACGCAAACUCAAACCCAAAUCAUUACCAAAACCAAAAAUUGCCCAAGACUUUCUGAAAGAACCAGAAACCCCAAAACCCAUGGAAGUGAAGCGCCGAACGGUAAAGACCCUUGUGACAAAGCUGGGCUCGGUGUCAGAACGAACCAGAGUCGACGCCUUGUGCGAGCUUCGGCUGAUGACAAAGCUCGACGCAGAGAGCCGACCUCUAAUAGCAGAGGCCGGCGCCGUUCCGUACUUGGCCGAAACUCUCUACUCUUCGUCCCAUUCUUCACAGGACAACGCGGCCGCCACCCUCCUAAACCUCUCGAUCUCCUCACGCGCCACCUUAAUGUCCACGCGCGGCCUCCUCGACGCCAUCUCUCACAUCCUCCGCCUCCACGCCUCCACGUCGUACGCAUCGGCCGUACAGUCCUCCGCCGCCACACUCCACAGUCUCCUCAUUGUCGACGAGUACCGACCCAUCAUAGGUUCGAAGCGGGACAUCAUAUAUUCGCUGAUAGAUAUCGUGAAACAUGUCGGAUCUCCUACGAGGUCGGUGAAGGACGCGUUGAAAGCGUUGUUUGGGAUCGCGCUUUAUCCGCUGAAUCGAAAGACGAUUAUAGAGUUAGGUGGGGUUGGGACCUUGUUCUCGUUGGUCAUGAAGGAUUUGGCGGUUGGGGUAGUUGAAGACGCCACGGCGGUUAUAGCCCAAAUAGCCGGGUGUGAGGAGAGCGAAGAAGAGUUUCGAAAAGUCUCGGGUGUUGGGUUGUUGGUGGAUUUGUUGGAUGGAGCAACGAGCUCUAGUAUGAGAAUCAAGGAGAAUUCAGUUGGGGCUUUGUUGAAUUUGGUGAGGUGUGGGAGUGAGAAGGUUGGGAGAGAAGUUAGGGAAAUGGGGUUGGGUGUGGGUGUGGUGGAAGGGAUUGCUGACGUGGCGGAGAAUGGGAGUGGGAAAGGGAAAGGAAAAGCUGUGUCUCUUUUGAAAGUUAUCUAUGGUGGAAAUGGGUGUGUGGUGAGGGAUGAGAGAUUUGAUUCCUUGCUAAAUCAAUGUUCUUCUUGACCUUGUGGGGGGUUUGGGGGCUUGUGCUUGAAUGGUAUGUUGUAUUUUUUUUCUUCUUCUUCUUUCUUUUUAGAUUUUGAUUGUUAGUUUAGAAUAGGGGAAAUGGUUUUUGUUAUCAAAAUUGGUAUGUAUUGUGUAAUGUAAAUGAUCAAAUGGUGGAUUUUAGUGAUUUAUACAGAACAUGACAACUUACUUGUAU